UAUCGCCCGAGUAAUGCCAAAGCCACGACAAAAACGUCACUGGCAUUGGCUGAAAACGGGCCAAUUAUACCGUCUCACACUUAUUGUGACAUCAAUAUGUAUACCACUUUGCAGCAGUGCUUCCGGCACGACGAGCUACUUGACCACUGAGAUAUAUAGCACCCCUAAGAGCAACAACAACAGCACCAGAAGCCAACUGCAUACACCGAGGAAGCCAAAAAGCCUUACAAAGUCACAGGAGCUGGAACAACAGAACUUACAGGCAACCCAAAUCAAACUAACCAACACACACCAAAGCAAACAUAAACUUACUCUCCAACCAACACACAGUCAUGAAAGUGCGCCAACUGAACGUGCAGUCUUGGCACAGACAAGAAACCGUCCCAACGUCGAGCUUAAUUUGCCUACGCCUCCGCUUGAAACAAGUAGUGGUGAUGAUGUGACAUACGGUACAAAAACAAAGGUGGAAAAGCAUACGCAUGUAGUAUAUGGUCUACAACAAACGCCGACCCACCUCACGACACUCGUAAAAGUACAAAACGUUAGCGGCGGUAUUCAGCCCGACACGCAGACUGUGGAGAAAAUAAACUUUAGCCGCAGCUCGAUGAGAAUUUCAGCCAAUUGGCCUCAAAACAAUUUGAAGGUUAAUCAAGUGUUUGAAAGUCAACGUCGCAUGACGACGGCAGAAAUUAGGCGCAAUAGCCGGCGAAUUGUUUUGCUUGGUCUGUUCGAGCUCUCCAACCGACAGGGACAACGAUUAGAUGGCUGGAGUGAAUUGAGCGCGGCACAAAUGGCCGUAGAACAUAUCAAUAGCAAGAAAAUUUUACCCGACUACACUCUGGAGCUCUUGACUAACGACACACAGUGUGAUCCCGGUGUUGGAGUUGAUCGAUUUUUUCAUGCCAUUUACACGCAACCUGACACACGUAUGAUUAUGCUGCUGGGCUCCGCCUGUUCGGAGGUGACUGAAAGCUUAGCCAAAGUGGUGCCGCACUGGAGUAUUGUGCAGGUUUCGUUUGGUUCCACUUCACCAGCGCUCAGCGACCGCAAGGAAUUCCCCAACUUUUACCGUACCGUCGCACCAGACUCAUCUCACAAUCCCGCGCGUAUUGCUUUCAUACGCUUCUUCGGUUGGGAUACCGUUACCACAUUUUCCCAGAACGAAGAAGUCCACUCAUUGGCUGUCAAUGAUUUAGUAACUGAACUGGAGGCAGCAAAUAUCUCCUGUGCGGCAACCAUUACAUUUGCGGCGACKGAUUUCAAGGAGCAACUAUUACUGCUACGAGAGACGGAUACCCGCAUUAUUAUCGGCAGCUUCUCGCAGGACUUAGCACCACAAGUACUUUGCGAAGCGUUUCGGUUACGCAUGUUCGGCGCGGAUUACGCCUGGAUAUUGCACGAGAGCAUGGGCGCACCAUGGUGGAACGACAUAUCGGCCACUGGAACCAAUUGUACGCCGAAAGAACUGCAGGACGCCGUCGAGAAUUUGAUUAUCAUUGCCAGUCACAAUAGGAUUGUGGGAAAUAAGACCAGCUACAGUGGAUUGAGCAAUGAAAUGUUCUUGUCCGAAUUACGUCAAAGGGCUAAUGGUUUGCUUGAUAACGGCAGUGUUGAUAAACAACGAAAAUCGAAUGCGGCACGAACUCAGAAUUCAUUAAGAGAUAAAGCUUUGAACACUAACGACAUACCCACCCUAAACGCURUAGCCGUAUCGACUUAUGCACCUCAAACGUAUGACGCCGUUUGGGCAAUCGCUUUAGCAUUACGAGCUGCCGAAGAACGCUGGCAAAAGUUGGGUUUGCAAUCAAAACUCAAUCAAUUCGAUUAUGUGCGAGCGGAUAUGGCACGGGAAUUCCUUCAACAGAUGGCGAAAUUGGAUUUUCUGGGAGUGUCGGGUCCAGUUUCCUUUAGUGGCCCGGAUCGCAUUGGCACAACGGCUUUUUAUCAAAUACAAAAUGGCACACUCGCGCUCGUUGCCCUCUACUAUCCAGCAGUCAGUCGUUUGGAUUUUCACUGCCCCCAUUGCCGUUCGGUGCGCUGGCAUAGCGGACAAGUACCCAUCGCUCGACGAAUUUUCAAAAUGCGCGUCGCCACUAUUGCGACGAGCGCCUUUUAUACGAUAGCCACUCUAUCGGUUGUCGGCAUCAUAUUAGCCAUAGCUUUCCUCGCCUUUACGUUGCACUUUCGAAAAAUGAAAGCUAUUAAGCUUUCUAGCCCCAAACUGAGUAAUAUUUCUGCAGUUGGCUGCGUUUGUGUGUAUGUCGCAGUAAUUUUGCUUGGACUGGACUAUUCCACGCUACCCACUCCGGAGACUUCAUAUUCUAAUGUUUGCACGGCACGUGUCUAUUUGCUCUGCGCUGGCUUUUCGCUGGCAUUCGGUUCGAUGUUUGCCAAAACAUAUCGCGUUCACCGCAUUUUCACACGCACCGGCAGUGUAUUCAAGGACAAAAUGCUACAGGACGCGCAACUUAUAAUGUUGGUAUGUAUACUGUUGGUGGUCGACGCUCUCCUCGUCACCCUCUGGGUAUUCGUCGAUCCGAUGGAGAGACAUUUGCACAAUUUAACGUUGGAAAUCAGCAGCAUUGACCGAAGCGUCGUCUAUCAGCCACAGGUCGAAGUUUGUCGCUCGCAACACACUCAAGGUUGGCUCGGCGCUUUAUAUGCCUACAAAGGCCUGUUGCUUGUGGUUGGCGUGUAUAUGGCUUGGGAAACACGUCAUGUGACCAUACCUGCACUCAACGAUUCGCAAUACAUUGGUGUAUCUGUGUAUCUAGUAGUAAUUACAAGCGCUAUAGUUGUGGUUUUAGCCAACUUGAUUUCUGAACGAGUAACACUAGCGUUCAUAACUAUAACAUCACUGAUACUGGCAUCAACUACGGCAACAUUGUGUUUAUCAUUUAUACCGAAACUUCACGAUAUUUGGGGACGAAAUGUUAUUGUCGAUCCAGUCAUCCACAGCAUGGGUUUAAAGAUGGAGUGCAACACGCGACGGUUUGUUAUAGACGAUMGACGAGAGCUACAAUACCGCGUAGAAGUACAAAAUCGCGUUUAUAAGAAAGAAAUAGCCGCACUAGACCAAGAGAUACGAAAGCUCGAACGUAUGCUUGAAUUUGGCACUACGUCAUCAGCUACAUCUUCUUCCUCAUUAGUAGGAGGACAACAAAGGCCUGAGUUAACAGUUACCAGUGACACUUCUAUAUUUAUGCAUCGGUCGUCACCAACUUUCCCUCCGGUUUUUCCUGCAUUGCCACCGAGUAAUAAUAAAUCACGCGCACCAAGCAUAUCUGGCAUCCUGCCCAACCUUUUACUAUCUGUUUUACCACCRGUGAUACCGCGUGCCAGUUGGCCCUCCGCUGAAUACAUGCAACUUUCUAUGCGUCGUUCUAUUGCCUUCGCCUCGCAGCCACAGCUGGAAGAGCGUAAGAGCGCUGCGACCUGUCUGGCCGAACAAGAUCUGUACAAUCUACGCAUUGCCCACCGACAAGCAACGGAAACCAAAACAGGACUAAUCAACCGCCUACGUGGGAUAUUUUCACGUACAACCUCAAGUAACAAAGGUUCCAGUUGUAGCCUUGGUGAGCAAAAGAGUUUGCGUGCCGCAUUUAAGUCACAUAUGGGACUCUUUACGCGUCACGUUCCUACCACGCAAGCAGCCUCUUGUAAUGCCAUCUACAAUCAGACAAACCGUAAUGAUGAAGGUUCGAAUGGGUCUAAUGGAGCGCCGCUCAAAGCAACGAAGCGAUUGUCAUUUGCUAAGAGCGGUACACAUUUGGAUGUUGCUACGCACGACCCCAAUUUUCUGCAAAUACCAACAAUAUCAGCAGAAACACCAGAGGAGCCUACCCACAUGGGUUUGAUACUGCCACUCGACGAAAGCGAAUUGGAACGCAUCGGUGUAGCGCGUUAUACCAAAGUACACGAGACUAAAGUGAAUUUCCAACUGCCUGCUAAUCGGCGACCGUCCAUUCUAGAACCGCAACCAUCUAUGCGUGAGCUAGUGCGUUGCUCUCCACGUUUUCCUCAUCGCGUAGUGCCCACCAGCAGUCUGGGGGCAUUGGAGGAGGCUGAUGAUCGCAGUAGCCUAGCUUUGCAGGAACGUAUACCAUUGGGUCGUGCGACUGGUGCCGGAACUUGGAAAUCUAUGGAAGUCACUACCGAAUCAAAGUUAUCACUCAGUGUGACACCAAGCGAAAAAAGCAGUACACCGACAUCCUGCGAAGUCGAGGAUAUAAUCGAAAUUGAAAUUACAAAACCCAUGAAUUAGCAUAAAUAGCAAAUGAAACGCUUAGUUUAAUUCUUUUAUAUUUGAUAUUAUCAUAUUUUAACCAGGUAACCACCCUACUGGUUAAUAACAAAAUGAUAGAGGUGAGCAUUUUWAAGUAAUGUACGAAAUAAAACUCC